AUGGCCGAUCUUCCAGAGUUCAAAUCGCUAACAAAAAAGUUCCACACCCACCCAUAUCCUGCUAUCUCUCCAACCCGACCCGAACUUUCAGCCAAAGGGAAAAAUGUCAUUGUCACUGGUGGUGGAACGGGCAUUGGCCUAGGCAUUGCCGUAGCUUAUGCACAAGCAGGGGCAAAAUCGGUUGCUAUCCUUGGGAGACGGAUUGACAAACUGAAAGAGGGCGCGGAGGUGAUAUCAAAAGAAGCGACCAAAGACACGAAAGUCAUUUUCGGGAAAGCCGACCUUUCCGACAGGAGCCAGGUCGACGCUGCAUUGAAGUCGAUUACCGAUCAGUUUGGCAAGAUUGAUAUUCUCGUCUCAAACGCCGGCUACCUUCCCACGACUGGCGUGUUGCUGGACUACGAUCCAGCCCUGCUUAUGCGAGGCUUUGAACUGAAUGUCCUGACCACGUUGAACAUUCUGCAAGCGUUUGUCCCAUUGGCUGGGGCUGACCCGAUUGUGAUCAACGUCUCGACAGCAAUGGCGCACUUCAGACCUGUCAAGGGAGCAGGAGGCUACACGAUAACCAAAGCAGCAAACCUGAAGUUGGUCGAUUCUUUCGCCUGGGAGAACCCACAAAUACAUGUGGUGAAUCUGCAGCCAGGAUGGGUUCCUACAGAGCUCAACGGCUACCAGAAAGAGGCGACUGACGUCGCUGAGCUUCCCGGACAGUUCGCUGUUUGGCUAGCGUCCCCCGAGGCCAAGUUCCUGAAGAGCAAAUUCGUAUGGGCAAACUGGGAUGUCCAUGAAUUGUUGGAGAAGGCGGAAGAAAUCAAGACCACCAAGCUGCUGGACUGGAAGCUGGAAGGCGUCGCGAUGUCAUCAGAAGACUUUCAGCGUCUGGAAGACCGGUUGGUUCAACUUGAAACAAGGCUCCAGGCUGGUGAUCGACGGUCUUCGGACGUAGCGAGCAAUGACUUGGUGGUCAUUAGAAGAACGGAUUCUCAUUCGGAAGGCUCGAGAAUGGACGACUCGAGUACGGAAAUCUGCCAGCAAUCUUUUCUCUCGCCAAAUCGAGCGAUGUCGAUGCCAAAUCUUCAGAUCGUCCUUCCACUGGUGGAACAAUAUUUCGCCCAUUUCAACAACAUGAUCCCGCUCUUCCACGAGGGACGGUUCAUUCGAGGACUCCUCAGGUGGUACGAUACCCCGUCUGAGACGAUACCGGCGACCUAUGCCGCUAUUAAUGUGGUCCUGGCUUUGUCGAUCUGGCACGAUCCUAUCAAGAAGUCUGCCGAUGACUAUGAGUUCAUGCAUAGAUGCGUUAAAAAUGCUCAGUCGGUCUUGUGCAACUUGGUGACAAGGGACCAGGAUCUUAUCGGUAUUCAAGCCAUCCUGGGGCUGGUCAUGCUGUUCAAUGCAGGACCGAACCCUCGACCAGCCUCAACCUUGAUCGCCAUAGCUUUCAAGCUGAGUCACCGGCUCAGGCUUCAUACGAGAUCGGGAAACCGGGGCUUGGAUGAAAGUACGGCGUUGGAAAGGGACCGAGUCUUCUGGAUCAUGUAUUUUCUCGAGAGAGGGAUGAAUGUUCGUCUGAGAGACCCGUACCUUCAACAAGACGACGACAUGGACGUCGCUCUUCCAGCAUUCAACGACAUCAACGACAGAGUAAGCAUCGUGUUUGCCGGCGACGGCAUCACUUGGCUCAAUCUACUUCUGUGUCGUGUUGAUCUCGCCCGCAUUCAGGCUCAGGUGUAUCACACCCUGUAUUCUGUCCGGGCCGAACGGUUCUCACCGGACGAACGGCAAGCGGCACUGGCUGACUUGGAUGCCACGGUUCGUGAGUGGAAGGAUUCGAUUCCCGUCCAGUUUCGGCCCGACAUGCUAUCUGAAACAGAGUUCGGUAGCAAUGUCCGGUUCCUGGUCCAUCUGCAUUUCAUAUACUACCACUUAUUCUACCUUGCGCAUGGCAUUUAUGCACACGACUCCGAAUGGAUCCUACGCAUCAUAAAUUACAGCGACAAAUACUCUGGCCGACAGUCCCGAAUCAUCGAAAGUUCUGCACAAGGGGAUCUCUUACCAUCGACUUGGCUGGAAGACGUCGAAACAGCACGAGAGUGCAUGAGAUUGUUCAAGGUCGUAGAUGAGAGAGACAUGGCGCUUCUAGGACAAAUAACAUGUGUCUACUUGACGUCCAUGAUCAUCUUGCUCACCAAUAAAUUAGCCAUCUGGGAACUACCCAUCAGCAGUCAAAUGGAGUCAGAUGACGCCUUGAUCGAAGGGGGAUUGCUUUUCCUCGCCGCGAUCGCUGGCGUUUUGGAAGAUGAUUCUCUUCGAUGCCUCUGGAACGGGUGCGUCGAGAUGAAGUUCCGGGCCGAGAUCGCGGCCAUGAGUUACAACAAUGCUGGACACCUGCAUUUUCCGGAAAGUUACAACCGUGCGAGACAGAGUUCCAGGUCAAUGUCAGCCUUGUUUGACGCUUUUGCAACGUCCGACAUCAAGAGUAGAAACGGUUACGGCUCGAACAUGUGGCCGCAGGCCGUGGCUAGUUUCGUUGACAUCGAGGAAGCCUCAGCAGUAUAA